AUGCGCAGCCGCCCCUACUGCGCAGGCGCAGCGGCGCGGGCCCGCCUGCCGGAAGUACGUCACGGCAGCGACCGGAACUCCGAGGCGCUUCUGCCCUCCCACCGGGCUUCCCGUUGCUCGGUAACCGUCGUCAAGGCCUCGGACUCGCCGUGGUCUCCGCCGGGUGUAGUGCCCGCUGGAUGUCCGGGAAGCUCCCGGCCUGACCGCCGCACUUCUUGCCACCCCUGGUCACCCUGUCCCCUGGUCACCUCGCGGAGUCCCUGCCCCCGGCUGCUUCACGCAGCCUGCCCUGUGCACCGCUGAGCGCACACCUGCCCCGAGGCCCGGCUCCACCGAGGGGCCCGCAGCCUGAGGCCGGACAAGUGCCCCUCGCUGACCCGGCCCGGCUCCCCGGCCAUGGGGACCUACACCUACACCAGCCGGCCGCGCGCCCUGCCCUGCCAGCGCCGCCGUUACCGCGACAGCCUGCUGCAGCCAGAUGACAACGAGACUAUGCAUUUUGGAAACAUAAUGUAUGACAGAAGGGUGAUCCGAGGCAACACUUACGCUCUGCAGAUGUUACCAUUGGCAGGGCAGCAGGAUCCUGUGGAGCUGCAGAGGCAGCAGCAGGCCAAGAGGAGGGCCCUGGCCCGCAGGCGAGCCCGGGAGCAGCUCCGGCCACGCACACCCGAGCCAGUGGAAGGCAGAAAACACAUGGACGUGCAAACAGAAUUAUAUCUUGAGGAAAUUGCCGACCGCGUAAUAGAAGUUGAUAUGGAAUGCCAGACAGAUGCAUUUUUGGACAGACCAUCAACACCACUCUUUAUUCCUGCCAAAACUGGCAAAGAUGCGGCCACCCAAAUACUUGAAGGAGAGCUCUUUGACUUUGAUCUGGAAGUUAAGCCAAUGCUGGAGGUUUUGGUGGGAAAGACCAUCGAGCAGGCUCUCCUGGAGGUCAUGGAGGAAGAGGAGCUGGCCCACCUGAAGAUCCGCCAGAAUGAGUACGAGGAGCUUCGCAACAUCGAGCUGGCGGAAGUCCAGCGCCUGGAGGAGCAGGAGAGGAGGCACCAAGAGGAGAAGGAGCGUCGGAAGCGUCAGCAGUGGGAAAUUGUGCACAAGCAGACGGAGACGGCACAGAAGAUCGCCGCCCGGGCCUUUGCUCAGCGCUUCCUGCGUGACCUUCUUCCCUCUGUGUUUGGCAAUCUCAGGGAUGGCGGCUACUUCUAUGAUCCCAUCGAGAGAGACAUUGAGGUGGAAUUCCUCCCUUGGCUGCUGAAUGAAGUUGACAAGACCAUGGAGCACAGCCUGGUGGGAAGAACAGUGCUGGACAUGUUGAUCCGAGAAGUGGUGGAGAGGAGACUGAACAUGUUUGAGGGUCAGCAGCUGCGUCCAGAAACCCCUUACGGGCUGUAUCACUCUGAGGACGUCCCUGGAGGAGACGCUGAGGAGUCACUGGACUACUACAAGCUCCAUCAUGACCCACGCAUGUGGCAGUCCCAGGGGCCCAUUGCAGGCCAGCAGUACCUGUCGAGAGUAGCAGAGGAAGAAAGGUACAUGGACAGAGGGAUACCCGAAGAAAAGAAAAGCCUGGAAGAAGACUUUGUGGGGCCCAGAAACUAA